GAGUGGUCAAACAUUGAUUUUCCCUUUUUCUCCGUUGGCUCCUAUAGUGUAAUUUCAACCAGCUUUUAUUUCAUUGGGAAUGGAGUGUUUGAUCAGCGGUGCUGGCAAAGCAUUGGCAAGUAUGAGUCUUGUCUCGUAUGACAACAAACCACUUGAGCACUUAGUGAACUCGGUCUAAUUUAUAUAAUGCAGUUAAUGUUUUGAACUGCUCAAAGCGAGGUUCUCAAGUUUAGACAGCAGCAAUUUCAAUAAGGAAUAGGUGUACAUCAUAGUAUUCAAUGUUAAAAUAUUCUUUAUCUGUUUUUCAGUGUCUGUAGGAUGCUCUUCUUGGGUCCCAGGAAACACACUUGCACAUUUACAGAAGCUACAAAUGUUCACCGUGAGAGUGGGUCAAAGUUUCUUGAGUUCAACCCUGCUCAUCUGAGAUCUUGAGGAAUGGCAACCCUGAUGUUCACUGUACAACACAAACUGGUGUGCAAUGAAUAAAGGAACGAAUGACUAGAAAUAAUAUUACCUUUAUGUCUGCAUUUUUGUUCAUUUUGUUUUGCUUAGUCUUAUUGUAAACAUAUACUGUAAAGAAAAAAAAUGCAAUUAAUUUGGUUUAGGUGUCGAACAAACUUUUAUCUGACUUUUAUAAGACUUUAAGGCUUGUUUUUAUUUCAUUUGACAAAGAUAGCAAAGAAGCAUGUCUUUAUAGAGGUCCAAUUUAUGACUUAAAUUAAACAAAAACAGGAUACAUUAACUAUCUAAUAUGGGAAAGGAGGAUAUUGUUACCGGAAUCAGCCCAAGACUACGAACUACCAGCAUUAAAUGCCAGAGGAGCGGUGGUGUUAUCAUAUAUAUUAUAUAUGAUGUAUGUUUGACAUACUCACCAUCACCUGCGCGUGCCAAUCAACUUGGAACGUUUACCAGUAAAGAACAAUCAUGCUCCAUUGCCAUUGGUCGGACUGGAGAGCGAGAGGUGGGACUAGAGAGCAAAACGCCGUCUGUGAUUGGCGGAGAGGCGCGUUGAUCACGCAAGUUUAGGAGGCACUUCACAAGUUUGCAAGUUGGAUGGGAAGCCCCAGAAGUGUCUGCUGUAUCUGUGACAGACGGUGAGGACUGAAGUAAAGCGACGAACCACGGUAACAACUAACCGAAUGUGGAUGUAACGUACAUGUGUUUUUAUUUCAGAGUAACGACGUCUCUUCUGUUGUCGUUAGUUCUUCCGUUCCGUCACGUCACCAACGUCGUUUCACGCACUUUUUCCUGGUUGCUUGUUUGACUGUUGAGGUGGAGACAGGCACAGCCUCUAGGGGGCCAUGUCUGGCGGCAGCAGUGCUAACAGCUGGACCAUCCUCACUCCUGAGGAGACUGUCGCUGAAACCCUGAGGCCUUUGGCAGAGGGGACAGAGCAUCAUGGAGACAGCCUCACAUCUGCAGCAGGUUCUGGGGAGAACCAGCCUGGAAACUGUGCAGAGUCUGCAGAGGGGCUUCCUGUGGAGGGCCGCCUGGUAUCAGAAGAAACAACUGCAGAGUUAAGUGCAGACACGAGCACAGAGCAACACGCUGUCACUGAUGCUUCUGCUCCCGCCUCUUCGGAAGUCUCUGACAGCGAUGCACUCGUCCAGUCAGAGGGCCAACCCGAGGGCCCGGCACUGUCAGGCCCUGACCCCGACUCAUUUGCUGACUCCUACGCCCACGUAAGCCACUCCUCCCCUGAUGAGCCCUCAGCCUCGCUGCUGAGCACAGAGACUCUGGGAGAGGCGGAGUUUACGCAGGAAGACGAGUCUCUCACACAGGAAGGAACACUGCAUCCGCUGAACAGGGCGGAGCUACAACAGGAAGGGGAGGGGUCAGACCUGUUUCCGAAAACAACUGACUUAUGGAAACAGGAAGACUCCCUUGUGGGCGAGGGGACAACUGAGGAGACGGGAGAGGAGCCGGAGCUGAGGAGGAGGAGGUCUCUCCUAGCAGCUCUGGAGCGGAUCGGAAGGACAGAGGAGGAAGAGGAAGGAGAGGAAGAGUUCCAGCUGCCACGACAGGAGGACGACAACAACAGCGGCUUCUCUGUGAACAAAUGCAUCCUGGGUGCUGUCAUUCUGUUAGGCCUUGGCACCAUCUUUUUCUCAGGUGUCUUCAUGGACCUGGAUGAGGAGAGCGACUAUGGUACGAUGGAGCUGAAAGAUGCAGAGGCUCCAGGAAAACAGGAGUGGCUUAAUCCCGAGGUUCCUCCACUCCCAGUAGAUGCUGACAGUUCAGAGCUUCUAAAUACGUUAGCCAAAGGGAACGAGCCGAUUGCUGUGCUACAAGCCCAACUUCAGAAAGAAGAGCUAAAAGUAGCCCAGCUACAGGCAGAGGAGGGAGCGAAGGAGCAACUGCUGUGGGAGGAGAUGGAGAAGGAAAACAGUAGGUUGAAGAAAGAGAUGGCAUCUCUCCCUGUCCUUCAGAAAGAGAACGAGAGGAUGAAGAGAGAGCUGGAGGUUGUCCCGGCCCUACAGAAAGAAGUAGAAACCCUGCGAUCCACUGUGACUGAAAUAAAACUCCCCUCAGCAGCCAGUGAAGCAGCUCAAGCAGCUGUGAAGGCCGUCACAUCGCCCUCCAGUGGCCAGCCAGAGAACAGCACGCAGGGCUCAGCUGGAACUACAGAGAGACAGCCCAAGAAGCCAGGGGAUGAUCAGAGGGAGAAGAGGAAAGAUGUAAAGAAGGAUACAAUUGACAUGGCUGACAAGAAGGAGCGGAAAGAGAGAGAUAAAUCUGAGUGGAAGGAAGGAGAGAAAAGGGAGCGCAAAGAUGGAGGGCAAACCGAAUGGAAACAGGGAAAACAUGAGCAAGGAAUGUUUGACAAGGAGAAAGUUAAGGAAGUUAAGCAAAAGAGACACGGUGAUGAGACAAAACAAUGGAGGGAGAAAGAGGGGAAGAAAGAAAAGGCUAGCCGAGGUGAUGAAGGAAAGCAAUGGAAGGAUAAGGAAGGGACGAAAGAGUGGAUAGAAAAGAGUGAUCGAAAAGGAAGGAAGGAUGAGAAAGAUUGGAAAAAGCCAAGUCAUGAGAACGGGAAGGAGGGUAAACAAUGGAGGGGUAAGGAGGAAAAGAAGGAUUGGAAGGUAGGAAAAGACUGGGGAGGGAAGCACAAGGAGGAAUGGAAGAAGGGGAAAGAUGGCUUUGAAGAAAGUGGCAAAGAGAAGUUGGAGAAAAAAGAUUGGAAAGAGCAAGGUGAGAAGAAAGAGUGGAAGAAGAAAGAAGGUGACUGGAAGAGUAAAGACGGCAAAGAUCGUAGUAAGGAAGGGAAAGGAAAGGGUGAAAGGAAGCAGUGGGAAGAGAACAAAAAUCACGGUAAAGAGAGGAAGGGGAAGAAUGAGAAGAAGAGUAAAAACAGUAAAGAUGCCGAGGAGUGGAGGAUGAAAGAUGAGAGGAAACAGCGGGAAAAGAGAGAACCGUGGAAGAGCGGAGGAGAGAGGGACAAAAAACACAGGGGAGAUUGGAAAAAGGACAAAUCAAGCUCUCAGAAUCACAAAGAAGAGCACAAAUCAAAAGUUGGUCACAGCCACAAAGAAGAGCACCUGUGGGGAGACGGGAAGCUUCCUCACACUCACGGCCGACCCUCCCUGGAGCAGCCAGAGUACUGGGUCCAGCAGAGACGGCGCCUGCAGCACAACCUCAAACCACCACAGCAGUGCGACUCGCUGGAGACGUGCGCUCAGACCGAGGGGCUGCUCCCCGUCCCCUUCCCCGAGUUCGAGGCCAUCCUCCUAACGUACCUCGCCAAGGCCGAGGAGGCGGGAGUGGACGAUUCCAAAAGAGAAGAGCUCAAGAAGCUAGCCGCCGAGUUCUUCAGGGACGGAGUCUUUGUUCACGACCAGACGAGCUUUCAAGAGUUCGUCGAAGAUUUGGGAGACAUUCUGGAAGACAUGGUGGAAGGAGAUGAUGAUGAUGAUGAUGAUGAUGAUGAUGAUGACGAGGAGGAAGAGGAUAGUGCCAUAGAGGAAGAAAUGGAGGAGUUUGAAAGAGAAGUGAUGAAGAAGUUUUCAGUGCCAGGAGCUGUAGAGACGGAGGAGAGAUCCAAAGCGGAGUGGAGGAAAGAGAGCGGACGAGGACGUGGCUGAUGAAGUGAUGGAAUUGAUGGAUCUAGAAGCAGCCUAAAGGAAUACUUUACCUACAAAAUUACCUUUUUUUUUUUUUUUAAAAAUGUCAAUUACUCACCUCGUGUUGCCUUGACUUCUUGAAGGAGACGUUGUUCUUCUCCUCACACGGCUCCACGGUGAACGAAGAAUCGAAAAACUGAGAAGUCGUGAUGAAUGAAAAAAGAAAAACGAUGUUUUCUUCAAGCAUUCAAGGGAACACGGUGUGAGUAAUAGAUAAACAAAUGGCCAUUUUGCGGGUGAAGUAUAAGCCGCCAUGACGGAUGAGGGGUUAUUCAAAGGGAACAUUUUAUAUUGGACCACCAACGCUUACAUUUAUCAUCCUGUCACCCUUUUCUCAUUUUACCCCUUCCAUCUGUCCGAGAAGUUCAACUUCAAAUGUAAUGUCACUGCUUUGGGUCGUUCUGUGUUUUACACACUAGAACUUAAUAAUGGAGAAAGUGCUUGCAUGUAAAUAGUGUUUUGGGAUGGAUUUAAGACAGAAGAAGAAGAUGAGAGGCUACAGGUACUAAUGAAGAGUAAUGCAAACAUUAAAUGGCCUUCAAGGGCUCGUUCUUCUAGUGUUCAACCCAUAAAAAUAAUCCACAUCUGUACAAUUUGUGACUGAGCAGCUGAUGUUGAGCAUCCAUUGGGAUGCAGGAAGAGAUACUGUAUAGUCUUAUAUACACACACACACACUGAUGAAGUCUACCUGUCCACUGAGUCUACACUGUACCUACAGUUUGCCAUCUUUGUGUAUUAAUUGCUUUAGCGUGGCACUUAAUGUCACAUUAUCUUUAAAUCAUAAGUUUAUAGAGAGUCGUGUGAACUGCUGAAAAAAGUUUAGUGAACCUUUAUGUGACUUUAGAGAAGUCUGUAUUGAUUUUGUUUUGAAUGUACAUAUUGCUUUAAAUGUGUUAAACUAUCCAGAAAUAUAUAAUUAACUUAUUUUACAGAGGUUGGCAUUAAAUCUAUACAAAUCGAAUUGGUUGGCACAUAAGAUAGACGUGUUGAGCAUGUAUGUUUCCUUUCAGGUACAGAACUCAUGUGCACUAAACAUUUGCUUGAUUAUUGUUUUAUUAUGAAUGUUUUGUUUUGGUUGCUUCGGUUGGUCAUGGCACUGAAGUCAUGGCACGUAGUUUCCAAAAAAAGCAUGUUUUUCUUGCCGUCUGUUUACACGCUAACUUAUUAACUCGAGGGCCUACAGCCGCAUAGGAAUUAUGUUUCAGAGGGGGGCAAUGCAGAAACGUGUUAUGUGGCAGCAUAGAGAGCUUUGUUGUAUUUAAGGAUGUCCGUGUUUGGCCUUGUUACCGUCACAAGAGCAGAAUAAUAAAGUUGGUGCACCCCUGUGAUAAAA